AUGAACGUGACGUCCAAUCUCGUGAUGGAUUCUUUGGAUGGGAGAUUAAUGUUCCGGUAUGGAUUUAAUUGCUCAUUUAAAAAUCUCCGCAGAGGGAUGAUGCGAGUCUAUUGCGACUCCACGGUACGGAAAAUGCAAACCAGAAAGUAUGCACCUCUACUUGAAAGUAUUCCACAGUGUAAUGGAGUUUUGCCUUCGACCAACUGGAAAGCAGUUCCUGACAUUUGGAGGACCUCGGCUGAGAAAUUCGGUGACCGUAUAGCUCUUGUCGAUCCAUAUCAUGACCCUCCUACAAACUUGACAUAUAAGCAGCUUGAGCAGGAAAUAAUAAAUUUCUCCGAAGGCAUUAGAGCAAUUGGCGUAGAACCUGGUGAGAAGCUUGCACUCUUUGCUGAUAACUCAUGCCGAUGGCUUGUUGCAGAUCAAGGUAUUAUGGCCACUGGAGCAAUUAACGUUGUCAGGGGUUCAAGAUCAUCAGUUGAUGAGCUUUUGCAGAUAUAUAACCAUUCUGACAGUGUUGCGCUUUUGGUGGACAGUCCUGAAAUGUACAAUCGCAUUGCCAAUGGUUUUACAUCCAAAGCAACUAUAAGAUUUGUGAUCCUCUUAUGGGGAGAAAAAUCAAGGCUCACAAGUCUAGUACAGGAUGUGCCAGUGUACUCUUACCAAGAGAUCAUAGAUAAGGGUCAUGAUAGUCGUGCAGCUUUGCUUCAUUCCCAAGAUGCUCGACAACAAUAUACUUAUGAAGCCAUAAACUCCGAUGAUGUUGCUACUCUCAUUUAUACAAGUGGAACCACAGGAAAUCCAAAAGGAGUCAUGCUUACGCAUAGUAAUUUAUUGCACCAGAUUACAAAUUUGUGGGACGUUGUGCCAGCUAUUCCUGGUGAUAGAUUUUUAAGCAUGCUCCCGCCAUGGCAUGUGUAUGAACGGAGCUGCGAAUAUUUCAUAUUUACUUAUGGAAUUGAGCAAGUAUACACCACUGUUAAAAACUUAAAGGAGGAUUUGCGGCGUUAUCAACCUCAUUAUCUUAUCUCUGUUCCCUUAGUUUUUGAGACCCUUUACAGUGGAAUUCAGAAGCAGAUUAGCUCCAGCUCCAUAGCUCGUAAGCACGUUGCAUUACUUUUUUUAAGGAUCAGUAUGGCAUACAUGGAGUUCAGGAGAAUAUAUGAGGGAAAGUAUCUUACAAGAUCACGAGAAGCGCCAUCAAACAUAUUCUCCAUCUUGGACUUGUUACGUGCAAGCAUCCUGGGUGCAAUAUUAAGGCCACUACAUCUAUUGGCUAAGAAAAUAGUUUACAGUAAAAUUCAUGCUGCAAUUGGUAUUUCAAAGGCAGGCAUAAGUGGAGGAGGCAGUCUACCUUCGCAUGUUGACAGAUUUUUUGAGGCCAUAGAGAUUAAAGUUCAGAAUGGUUAUGGUUUAACAGAGUCAUCACCAGUUGUUGCUGCUCGACGUCCAAACUGCAACGUUCUAGGCUCUAUUGGGCAUCCCAUCCGACAUACAGAAAUAAAAGUUGUUGAUGCUGAAACAGAUGAAGAUCUUCCUCCAGGUUUAAAUGGCGUUGUCAAAGUUAGGGGGCCACAAGUUAUGAAGGGUUACUAUAAGAAUUCGAUGGCAACAAAACAAGCCAUAGAUGAGCGUGGGUGGCUUAACACUGGUGAUAUUGGUUGGAUAGCACCUCAUCACUCUGUGGGUAGAAGUCGUCAUUCUGGCGGUGUAAUUGUUCUUGAAGGGCGCGCAAAGGAUACUAUAGUUCUUUCAACAGGUGAAAACGUUGAACCAUCAGAGAUUGAAGAAGCUGCAAGUAGGAGUACUCUGAUUCAACAAAUUGUUGUCGUUGGCCAGGAUCAACGUCGUCUCGGUGCUAUCAUUGUGCCAAACAAAGAAGAGGUUAUCUUAGCUGCAAAGAACUUGUCUAUCUUAGAUCCUGGUGCCUCUGAAAUCAGCAAGGAGAAGCUGACCAACUUGUUAUAUGAAGAGCUAAGAAAAUGGACGUCGGAAUGCUCGUUUCAAGUUGGACCAAUCUUAGUUGUUGAUGAGCCAUUCACAAUCGAUGAUGGUUUGAUGACUCCAACAAUGAAAAUCAAGCGAGACAAAGUUGUAGCCAAAUACCAAAAAGAAAUACAAAAUUUAUACAAGUGA